GCGCCCCGAUUGGGCCGUUCGCAUUGACUUGUAAAGAGGGGAAAAAAAAAAAGGGCUGGGGGUGGUGGCGCCGAGGAUCCGCGCCUGGAUCCGAAGCGGACGCGGAGACGCCGGAGCCCGACGGGCGCGGACAGGAUGAGAUGCUAGUUCUGUGGCAUUGAUGGUUUACAAUGCCCAAUCAAGACAAAAAGGUGAAGAGCACAGAAAAAGCAACAGAUAAAAAACCCCAGGGGGUCAUUGCUAGGGAUUACUCUGACCUUAAAAGACUUCGGUGUCUCUUAAAUGUCCAGUCAAGCAAACAGCAGCUCCCAGCAAUUAACUUUGAAACUGCUCAAACCAGCAUGACAAAGUCUGAGCGACAUAACAGCAAGAUUAACGGACAAAGAAGCCAAGGUCAUUGGCACGAGUCAACUGAAGCUGUUGAACUUGAAAACUUUAGUGUAAAUUACAAGAAUGAGAGAAAUUUUAGCAAGCAUCCUCAGCACAGGCUGUUUCAAGAAAUCUUCACAGCUUUGGUUAAGAACAGACUUAUCUGUAGGGAAUGGGUUAAUCGAGCCCCAUCCAUCCAUUUUCUGAGAGUGUUAAUUUGCAUGAGGUUAUUAAUAAGAGAUCCAUGCUAUCAGGAAAUGCUCCAUAAUCUUGGUGGGAUUGAAAAUCUAGCUCAGCAUAUGGAAACAGUAGCAAAUGGGUAUCUUGGAUAUGGAGAAGAGCAGCAUAAUGUAGACAAGUUGGUCAACAUGACAUAUAUUUUUCAAAAGCUGUCUGCUGUUAAAGAUCAAAGAGAAUGGGUUAUAGCCAGUGGAGCACAUAAAACUUUAGUAAAUUUGCUAGGAGCCAGAGACAGUAACGUGUUGUUGGGCACCCUCCUUGCUUUGACUAGCUUAGCAGAAAGUCCAGAAUGUAGGGAGAAGAUAAGUGAGCUCACCAUUGUUGAAAACUUGUUGGUGAUAUUACAUGAAUAUGACUUGCUUUCUAAAAGGUUGACUGCUGAAUUACUACGUCUCCUCUGUGCAGAGUCACAACUCAAAGAGCAAGUGAAAAUGUAUGAAGGAGUUCCCAUCCUGCUCAGUUUGCUACAUUCAGAUCACCUCAAGCUUCUGUGGAGUGUAGUUUGGAUUUUGGUACAGGUUUGUGAAGACCCUGAGAUUUGUGUGGAAAUCAGGAUUUGGGGAGGAAUCAAGCAACUCCUUCAUAUUUUGGAGGGAGAUAGAAAUCUAGUUUCUGACCGUUCUUCCAUUGGAAGUUUAUCUAGUGCAAAUGCAGCAGGGAGAAUCCAACAGCUUCAUUUAUCAGAAGAUCUGAGUCCUCAAGAAAUACAAGAAAAUACUUUCUCCCUUCAAGCAGCUUGUUGUGCUGCAAUUACUGAACUAGUACUCAAUGAUACUAAUGCUCACCAAGUAGUACAGGAAAAUGGAGUCUAUACAAUAGCAAAACUAAUUUUACCGAACAAACAAAAGAAAGCAGUAAAAGCUAAUUUAUUACAGUGUUAUGCUUUUAGAGCCUUGAGGUUUCUCUUCAGUAUGGAAAGAAAUAGACAUCUUUUUAAAAGACUCUUCCCUACUGAUUUGUUUGAGAUCUUCAUUGAUAUUGGACAUUACGUUCGCGAUAUCAGUGCUUAUGAAGAGCUAGUAUCAAAGCUCAAUUCAUUACUGGAGGAGGAAUUGAAGCAAAUUGCUGAAAGUAUUGAAAGCAUUAAUCAGAACAAAGCACCUACAAAAUACAUAGGCAAUUAUGCAAUUUUAGAUCAUCUUGGCAGUGGAGCUUUUGGAAGUGUUUAUAAGGUUAGAAAACAUAGUGGCCAAAAUCUUCUAGCAAUGAAAGAAGUCAAUUUACAUAACCCAGCAUUUGGAAAGGAUAAAAAAGACAGAGAGAGCAGUGUAAAGAACAUUGUCUCUGAAUUAACCAUCAUUAGAGAACAGCUUUAUCAUCCCAAUGUUGUACGAUAUUACAGAACUUUCCUAGAAAAUGACAGGUUGUACAUAGUAAUGGAGCUCAUAGAGGGGGUACCACUAGGAGAACACUUUCGUUCUUUGAAGGAGAAGCAGCAGCAGUUCACAGAAGAGAGAAUAUGGAAUAUAUUUAUACAACUGUGUUUAGCUCUUCGUUAUUUGCACAAAGAAAAGAGGAUUGUCCAUAGAGAUCUCACUCCCAACAACAUCAUGCUGGGGGACAAAGACAAAGUAACAAUUACUGACUUUGGUCUUGCAAAACAGAAACAAGAAAACAGCAAACUCAUAUCAGUUGUGGGAACUAUUCUGUAUUCCUGCCCUGAAGUUGUAAAGAGUGAACCAUAUGGAGAGAAGGCUGAUGUCUGGGCUGCAGGGUGCAUCCUUUAUCAGAUGGCAACACUGAACCCUCCUUUUUACAGCACCAACAUGCUCUCUUUGGCAACUAAAAUAGUAGGGGCUAUGUAUGAACCAGUGCCUGAAGGAGUCUACUCUGAAAAAGUGUCAGUUACCAUUAAAAGGUGCUUGACCCCUGAUGCAGAGACUCGUCCAGAUAUAGUAGAGGUCAGUUCGGUGAUAUCUGAUGUGAUGAUGAGGUAUUUAGAUGGCUUAUCCACCUCCCAUCUUACCUUGGAGAAGAAGCUAGAGCGUGAGAGGAGACGUACUCAGAGAUACUUCAUGGAAGCUAAUAGAAAUGCAGUAGCUUGUCACCAUCAGCUUGCCAUCUUAUCGCAUGAGCGUUAUGAGAAGUCAAGCUUCAGCAGCAGCAGCAGUGGAACAGCCAGCUUCAAAAGUGAAUUUUCAGAAAGUGCCGACCUUCCAAGUGAAAGCUUUCAUCCAGCCAGUGGAAAAGAGCAGGACAGAGCAUGUGAUGAAAUCCUGUUGGAUGAUAACUGCACUUUAGAAAACUCUGAGAAAGAUGUCUUCUCUGAGUUAGAUGAUGAGCUGGAUAUAUUAGAUAAUUUCAGCAGCUCCAGUUCAAGUCCUUUGAAAGACUCUGAAUUUGGUAUAAUUAAAAGAAGCUUCAGUGCAUCUGAAAGGCAACUUCAGAUUAGAGAUUAUAUUGGAGGCCCAGGAUCAAGACCAAGACCAGCUUUUCUGCCUCUUGACCUGCUUCUGAAAGUACCUUCGCUCAUAAUCAGGGCCCACGUUAAGAAAACAGAGGACUCGUUAGUGACAGGGUGGCAGUCUCAUAGCCUUCCAGCUGUGAUUCUUCGCAAUCUGAAAGAUCAUGCAUCUGCAGGAAUUGCUGUGUCACAAAGGAAGGUGCGUCAGAUCAGUGACCCUAUUCAGCAGAUUCUAAUUCAGCUGCACAAAAUUAUCUUCAUCACUCAGCUUCCUCCGGCUUUGCACUGCAAUUUGAAAAGAAGAGUCAUUGAAAGAUUCAAGAAAUCCCUCUUCAGCCAACAGAGCAAUCCUUGCAACUUGAAAUCAGAAAUUAAAAAGCUGCUCCAGGGUUCUCCUGAAUUGAUUGAGCCUAGCUUCUUUACAGCUGAUUGCCAUUUGCUACUUCACUCCCCAGGGGGAAAUAUAUUGGCCCCCGAUGAUAGAAAAGGCUUUCCUGGCACUUUUGACGUGACGGAAGGAAUGACAUAUGAACAAAUGCAGACAGCGAUUGAAGAGGUUCUGGAAGAAAGUGGCUAUUAUAGUUUCAUUUCUAACAGGUAUCACUGCUAUCCAUGGGGAACAAAGAAUUAUCCAUCCAAAAGAUGAGAGCUUGCAAUUCUGAACAGAUUUUUUCUUCCCCCCUCUUGUGAAGUCAAACUGCCUGUUGUAUUUCAGCUGAUACUGUCUGAUCACCAAAGGGAUAAGCUUUGCUCAAAAGAUGUUGAUCAGAAGGGAUUCCAGUGCUGAAACAAAUAUGGGACAAUUUCAAGAAACCUCAUGCUGAUGAAUAUCAGUAUGACACUUUUAUAGUAGCUCUGUUUACAUCAUAAUAUUUUUGCACUUUACAGGGAGAGGCUCAGUACAUACUGUUUGGGAAAAUGCUUUAAGGUUUAUGCAUUAGAAAAGAAACCCAACUCCUGAUAUUGCAAACCCUCUAUUUUUUUAUUUUAUUUUUUUAAAGAAUUGUUGAAUACUCAGGAAAGAGAGGAAAGAGAGAGAACUUUGUAGAAACUAUAUUUUAGGGCCCAUAGCCUUGCUUUAUAUCAGUUUAUAUCUUUUAUACUAAGAGAAAGAAAUAAAAAAAGCA